AUGGAGCGGCUCAGACCGUUUCCGCGCAAAGGCCGGCCGGUUCUACAACAAGAUCACAAACAAGGCAUAACGGACGUCUUCCUCCCGCGACAUGUCAUCCCCACCCACUACGACCUCCAACUUCGCACCGUCUUCGACGAAACCCUGGGCUUCCCCGUGCAGGGACGAGUUGUCAUCGACGUGGAGUGCCGGGAGGCUGCGACCAACAUCACCUUGCAUGCCGCCGACAUGACCAUCGAUAAUUACGUCAUCAGCGUUGCGGGUGGAAAUCCACUGCAAGUCGUGGAUGUGGAAACGGAUGGGCCUCGCCAGUUCCUCAUCUUCCAUCUCGGGGAGACACUCGACGUUGGCCUCGCUUAUAGCAUCGACCUGGACUUUUCGUACCCCUUGCGUCUAAACCUCGUCGGGUUCUAUCACAGUUCCUACAUGGAAUCCGGAGUGGAGAAACACCUUGGCGUGACGUUCUUCGAGCCGUCAUACGCGCGGCUGGCGUUCCCCUGCUUCGACGAACCCGACCUCAAGGCAAGAUUCGACAUCGCGAUCGGACGGGAGGAGGAUUGGAUGUCGCUCGCGAACAUGCCGCUCAAGGAGACGCUGUUGGACGAGGAUGGGACGUUCUUGGACGUGUUCGAGAAGUCGGUCCCGAUGGCGACCUAUACGGUCUGCUUCGCGGUCACGCAGUUCAGCGGAUUGACCUCCGACGGUCCGACGCCGUUUGGGGUGUAUGCCAGGCCGGAUGUCAUCGAAGACGGUGAGCUCAUGCUCAGUUACGGGCCGCUUACGAUGCUUUACUUUGAAGAAAUCUUUGCGACUGACGAACCCAUGCCCAAGAUGGACCUCAUAAGCUUUCCAGACUUCUUGCACGGAGCGAUGGAGAACUGGGGUUUGGUCACUUAUCAGGAAGAGGCUCUUCUCGUCGACAACCAGCGGGAUCACUUCUCCAGGGUCUACGACACCAGUACCGUGACGUCGCACGAGCUCGCACACAAUUUCUUCGGGAACCUUGUCACGAUGAAGUGGUGGGAUAUGAUUUGGCUCAACGAGGGUUUCGCCAUGUACUGCACGUAUUUGGGGGUGCUGGGACCGAAUCCGGCAUGGAAAACGGAGCAUUCGAAUGUGUUGAGCACGCUGGGGACCUUCGGGGCGGACGCGCAGGAGUCGAUCCACCCGUUGGUCGCGGACGUAUUCACCCUCGACGAGAUCUGGAGUCUCUUUGACAUCGCGUACGGGAAAGGGAGCGGUUUGCUGAAAAUGAUCGAAGGAUUCAUGGGCGGCGUGGAACCGUUCUACGAUGGGAUUGCGGCCUAUCUUGCCGAGUCUAGCUUUGAUAACGUGGUGGAGGAGGACCUGUGGCGUCACCUGCAGGCAUCGGCCGAGGACUGGGGAGUCGACCUCGGGGGACGCACCAUCUCGCAGAUCAUGACCGGAUGGACCCGACAAGCCGGUUUCCCCUUCAUCACUGCGAUCCGCGACUACGACACCGGCGAGAUCAGCAUACGACAAGAAAGAUUCUUCAGCGACCCCGAUGCCAACCCCGACCCCACGCUAUGGAUCGUCCCGAUCCAAUUCUACACACCCGAAGGAGGCGAAGGAGUCUACUGGCUAGCCGAGGCGGAAGGUUCUCUGGCGACACAACCAAUGCCAGGCCCCGAAGAAUUCCUCACGCUCAACUGGGGCUUCUACGGGUUCUGCCGAAUCAACUACGACCUCCAGAACUGGCAGCUCCUGGCAUCGGAGCUCGAGCGAGACCCUAACCAGUUUCCUUUCCCCAAUCGGGCGGAGUUCCUCGACGACGCAUUCACUUUCGUGGCGUCGGGACACUUGGCAUCCUACGACGUUCCUCUGUCUCUCACCCGAUUCCUGAGAAGCGAGACGGAGUACUCUCCUUGGGCCAUUGCUGCAACCCAUCUCGAUUAUCCGAUCCGCAUGUUCGUUUCGACCGAACGGUACGCUUUGAUCCAGACGUAUUUGCUGAGUCUCUUGGAACCGAGAUUCGCCGGAACGCCGUUCGAGACGCUGGAGGAGUUCACGGGAGUCUACGAGGACAUCAUGGAGUGGUACUAUGCCAACACGAUCCAGAGUCUCUCCUGCGGCAUGGAAAGCAUUGCAUGCAUUCAACGGGCGUCGGAACUCUUCCAGCUUUGGAAGUCCGUCUACGAUCCACAGGAUCCGGAUAAACGCGUCCUGAGUCCAAACGUGAAGAGCACUGUCUUCGUUUACGGAAUUUAUGGAGGCGACGACAGCGACUGGGAAUUUGGAUACCAGCACAAUCAGCUUACGGGAUCUGAAUCCGACAGAAGCGCCAUGCUUUCGGCUCUCGCAUCGUGCACAAACGAGGCACUUCUGUCUCGGCUGCUGGAUGACAUCCUUUCGUCGACGUCCCCCAUCCGCGUGCAGGACGGGGCUCAGCUCGCCUUCGACUUCCUCAGCGACAACUGGGAUGCCUUCAAGGCUCGCUUCGGAGACAUCGGCCCCUUCGUCGCGGCUUUCCAGGACUUCAACACCCCGGCAGACCUCGACGCUCUGACAGCGCUCCGCGACGAACAUCCCGAGGAUGCAGGUGCCUUCGCUGCCACCGUCGCAGGCGUCGAACGGAACAUCGCCUGGAUGGACCAGCAUUUCGAUUUCAUCGUCGAUUGGCUAAGUGCAAACAUUUCGUAA